AUGGUCUUGGAUGCUUCUGAACCUGGAAAAUUAAAUAUUGGUUCCAGUCAACAGCAAUGGUCGACACAGUCGAGAGGAGGCGCCCCCACUACCCAGUCGAGAGGGGCACCACCCAGUCAAGAGGGACACCACCCAGUCAAGAGGGACACCACCCAGUCAAGAGGGACACCACCCAGUCAAGAGGGGGCACCCCCACCACCCAGUCAAGAGGGACACCACCCAGUCAAGAGGGGGAACCCCCACCACCCAGUCAAGAGGGGCACCACCCAGUCAAGAGGGACACCACCCAGUCAAGAGGGACACCACCCAGUCAAGAGGGGGCACCCCCACCACCCAGUCGAGAGGGGGCACCCCCACCACCCAGUCGAGAGGGGGCACCCCCACCACCCAGUCAAGAGGGGGCACACCCCCACCACCCAGUCGAGAGGGGGCACACCCCCACCACCCAGUCGAGAGGGGGCACCCCCACCACCCAGUCGAGAGGGGGCACCCCCACCACCCAGUCGAGAGGAGCACCCCACCACCCAGUCGAGAGGGGCACCCCCACCACCCAGUCGAGAGGGGCACCCCCACCACCCAGUCGAGAGGGGCACCCCCACCACCCAGUCGAGAGGGGCACCCCCACCACCCAGUCGAAAGGAAGCACCCCCACCACCCAGUCGAGAGGAGGCACAACCACCACCCAGUCGAGAGGAAGCACCCCCACCACCCAGUCGAGGAGGCACAACCACCACCCAGUCGAGAGGAGGCACCCCCACCACCCAGUCGAGAGGAGGCACCCCACCACCCAGUCGAGAGGAGGAACCCCCACCACCCAGUCGAGGAGGCACCCCCACCACCCAGUCGAGGGAGGCACCCCCACCACCCAGUCGAGAGGAGGCACCCCCACAACCCAGUCGAGAGGAGGCACCCCACAACCCAGUCGAGAGGAGGCACCCCCACCACCCAGUCGAGAGGAGGCACCCCCCACCACCCAGUCGAGAGGAGGCACCCCCACCACCCAGUCGAGAGGAGGCACCCCCACCACCCAGUCGAGAGGAGGCACCCCCACCACCCAGUCGAGAGGAGGCACCCCCACCACCCAGUCGAGAGGCACCCCACCACCCAGUCAAGAGGAGGCACCCCCACCACCCAGUCAGAGGGAGCACCCCCCACCCAGUCAAGAGGGAGCACCCCCACCACCCCGUCAAGAGGAGCACCCCCACCACCCCGUCAAGAGGGAGCAUCCCCACCAACCCGUCAAGAGGAGCACCCCCACCACCCAGUCAAGAGGGGCACCCCCACCACCCAGUCAAGAGGGGCACCCCCACCACCCAGUCAAGAGGGACACCCCCACCACCCAGUCAAGAGGGGACACCCCCACCACCCAGUCAAGAGGGACACCCCCACCACCCAGUCAAGAGGGGACACCCCCACCACCCAGUCAAGAGGACACCCCCACCACCCAGUCAAGAGGGACACCCCCACCACCCAGUCAGAGGGGGCACCCCACCACCCAGUCAAGAGGGACACCCCCACCACCCCGUCAAGAGGGACACCCCCCACUUAGCCGUGUGA